AUGCUCAAGCCCAAGGACCUAUGCCCCCGAGCGGGCACGCGCACUUUCCUGGAGGCUAUGCAGGCGGGCAAAGUGCACUUGGCCCGCUUUGUGCUGGACGCGCUGGACCGCAGCAUCAUCGACUGUCGCGCGGAGCAGGGCCGCACGCCGCUCAUGGUGGCCGUGGGGCUGCCGGACCCCGCGCUGCGCGCGCGCUUCGUGCGGCUGCUGCUCGAGCAGGGUGCGGCCGUGAACCUGCGGGAUGAGCGCGGCCGCACGGCACUCAGCCUGGCGUGCGAGCGAGGCCACCUGGACGCCGUGCAGCUGCUGGUGCAGUUCAGCGGCGACCCCGAGGCGGCCGACUCGGCGGGCAACAGCCCUGUGAUGUGGGCGGCUGCGUGCGGCCACGGGGCGGUGCUCGAGUUCCUGGUGCGCUCUUUCCGCCGCCUCGGCCUGCGCCUCGACCGCACCAACCGUGCGGGCCUCACGGCGCUGCAGCUGGCCGCCGCCCGGGGCCACGGGACCUGCGUGCAGGCCCUCACCGGGCCCUGGGGUCGCGCUGCCGCUGCCGCCGCGGCCCGGGGCUCCAACUGCGACAGCCCCCCUGGCCGCCCGGCUCCCGCGCCUAGCCCCGAACGUCGACGACCCAGCCCCCGCCGCCUACCGCGGCCUCUACUGGCGCGCUUCGCACGAGCGGCGGGCGGCCAUGGCCAUGGUGGCGAGGCUGGCUCAGCGGGCAAGGGCUCGGGCCGGCACCGGGCGCAGGGCAGCGAGCGGCCCGAGCUGGGCCGGAGCAUGAGUCUGGCGCUGGGGGCUGUGACCGAGGAGGAGGCUGCCCGCCUACGGGCAGGGGCUCUGAUAGCCCGACCAAACUCGCCUCAGUCUUCCGGGACUGGGCGGUGGCGCUCACAUGAGGUUCUGGAGGGAGCGCCCACAACCUUAGUGCAAGCCCCCAUCGGCCUUAGCCCCCACCCGGAAGGCGGCCCCGGCUCUGGUCGCCUGGGUUUGCGCCGACGCUCCACAGCCCCAGACAUCCCUAGCCUGGUCGGGGAGGCGCCAGGGCCCGAGAGUGGCCCGGAGUUAGAGGCCAACGCUCUGCCCCUGUCAGUGCCUGGGCCUAAACCUUGGCAGGCGGGCACGGAGGCUGUGGUGCUGCACGCUCAGCGGUAA